AUGCGGCUCGCACUGCUGUCUGCGGCCUGUUUAGCCUCUGUGUGCGUGGCUCAAGACGCACUACCGGUAUUCCACGAAAGCGUAGGGCUGCAAUGUUCCCAGAGCACUGACUGCGGCUACGUGCUUGCGUUGUCUUGUAUCUCCGGCAAGUGCGAGUACUGCCGUCCUGAUGGUGACGAUUGCAGUGCUGACGGGUCUAAGCGCUGCCAAGUGGCGGAGACUCGGGACGAAGAUACGGGCGAGAUGCAGACUCAAUACGCGCUCAACUCCGAAGGAGAGACUGUGCCUGUCGCUUACUGCAUCGAGAAGAAUCUCUUCCACCCUUUCACGUGGAAGGACAUUGUAGCCACCAUCAUCGCUCUGGUGAGUACAGCACUGGGAUCUGGAUGUGGCGUGGGCGGUGGUGGGCUGCUUGUACCCAUGUACAUCUUCUUCUACGGACUGAGUCCCAAACACGCCAUCCCGCUGUCCAAAGCUACAAUCUUCGGCAACGCAGUGUCAGCCUACUUCUUCAAUUUUAACCGGAAGCACCCGAUGAAUGCCAAGCUGCCACUCAUCAACUACCAAGUUGCGGGUGUUAUGGAGCCGACCACGUUGAUCGGAGCCAUCUUCGGUGUCAUGAUGAACCACAUGUUCCCGGAUUGGUUGAUCCUGGUGCUUCUGGUCUCGCUGCUGUCGUAUAUCACGUACAAGACGGUCCUCAAAGGAAACACGAUUCGAGAGAAGGAGUCGAGAUAUCAGCGCGCAGUCGUCAAGUCAGUGCUCAAGGGCGGCCCUGAAGGUGGAAUCAAGAAGCUUGGUCGCCAAUGGUCCAUUUACAGACGAUUCGAUGUAGAAAUUGCAGCCCGUCGCUGGCUCGCAAAGACCCGCCGUAACAAGAAAUUGCGAGCGAUUCGAGCUCAAGAUGAAGCCGACUUUGCGUCCUUGCCACCUCUCCGUGAGCACCAACCAUCAAGCUCUGACCCACUGUUAGGUGGACACGAGACACACGAUUUCGGAACCUUCGCGUCGGACGAUGAUCAGAUGCUGGAGAGACGUAAGGCUAUCGAACAACGCGAGAUGCGUGUGUUCCCGCUUAAGUACGUCAUCCCAUUGGUGCUCUCCUGGCUCGUGGUACUGAUACAGUCGAUGCUUCGAGGCGGUCACGGUGCUCCUAGUAUCAUCGGAAUCACCUGCAACUCGGCAGACUACUGGAUGUUGACGCUUCUACCGUUGUUGAUCCUGGUUGCCAUCACACUCUGGGUAGGACACCAGCUACGUCUCCAAAAUCGACUCAAAGUGCUCUGCAACUACCCAUUCGCCCAAGGUGACGUCCACUGGAUCAAACGUCGUGUCCUUGUCUUCCCAGCGCUGUGUUCUAUGGCGGGUGUGGCUGCUGGUCUCUUGGGUAUCGGAGGUGGCAUGGUCAAGGGCCCCAUCAUGCUGGAGAUGGGGAUUCUGCCGCCGGUGCAGUCGGCUACUGCCAAUUUCAUGAUCCUCUUCACCUCAUCGUCCACGACGUUGCAAUUCGCGAUCAACGGACAAUUCCCCGGUCAGCUUCAGUACGAUUACAUGGCGUGGUUCGCUCUCAUGGGCUGCAUCGGAGGCUUCUGCGGCCAGAAAGUGGUGGCGUAUCUGGUCAAAAAGUACCGACGCGAGUCGAUUAUGGUUUAUCUGUUGGCAGUGACGAUUGGUCUUUCAGCGUUGGCCAUGGGUAUCAUCGGCUUGAAGUCGACACUUCGAGACAUCGAGAAGGGCGUGCACCUCGGCUUCAAUGGCAUUUGUGACAGCGAAUAA